AUGAAAUCUGUGUUUCUACUGAAGACGACCGUGACGGGGCGGGCCGGGAUUUCAACGAACUGUGAGGAGGAAGGUCAGUUAGACGUGUGUGUGUGUGUGUGUGUGUGUGUGUGUGUGUGUGUGUGUGUGUGUGUGUGUGUGUCUGUAACAUGUUUGUCGUUGUGUACAGUGAUUGUGUGUGUGUGUGCGUGUGUGUGUGUGUGUGUGUGUAACAUGUCGUUUGUCGUUGUGUACAGUGAUUGUGUGUGUGAGUGUGUGUGUGUGUGUGUGUGUCUGUAACAUGUUUGUCGUUGUGUACAGUGAUUGUGUGUGUGAGUGUGUGUGUGUGUGUGUGUGUCUGUAACAUGUUUGUCGUUGUGUACAGUGAUUGUGUGUGUGUGUGUGUGUGUGUGUCUCUGUGUGUGUGUGUGUGUGUGUGUGUGUGUGUGUGUGUGUCUGUAACAUGUCGUUUGUCGUUGUGUACAGUGAUUGUGUGUGUGUGUGUGUGUGUGUGUGUGUGUGUGUGUGUAACAUGUCGUUUGUCGUUGUGUACAGUGAUUGUGUGUGUGUGUAUCAGUAAAUCUGAAUAUGUUCAGAUUUUUAUGUGAAGUUGUGAAACAAAUGUUUAUUUAUGUUCGAUAAGCUUUCAUGAAAUUAGUUGUUGUUUUAAAACUUAAAUACAAACUGAUAAUAUCAGUCGCUGAUCUGAGAUUGACAGCUUUUACAGCCAAUCAGAGGUGAGAGCAGCUAUGGCGCUGGUGUCUCAGUUAUUUGCGAUGGUAGAAACAUGUUGGCAGAAGAUGACAACCUCUGCAGCUGGUCGAUUCAAAAUCCAGGUUUAUGCUUCUGCAUCAGACCCAGGGUCCAUGUAGUCCAGGACCCUACCCAGAAACCAAACUAAUGUUCACCUCCUCACGAGGUACCUUGGCGUUAAAACGACACAAGUCCUGUGAUUGGUCUGCUUUGGACAUUUCCCGUAUUGACACCAUCACCUGUCCUCUUCUUCAGUGUCUGUAGUGUCUGUGUCUGUGUCUGUGUCUGUCGGAGUCUUCCAUGUUUUCUCUUGAUCAUGCAGAGACACACCGACCCCCCACCACAGACUUCAGUAGUGCUCAUAAUCGCACCCACAGUACAGGUACAGUGAAGGUCUGAUUUAGGAGUGUAGACCAGGUUAAAAGUCCUGGUUGACGAUCUGAUCUUCAGUUGAAUAAAAACGAGGUUCAUGAUAAUUACCAGCCUCUCCAAUCAUCAACCAUGACUUUAAAUUAAACCAAAUCACUUUCUUAAAAUACAGGUAACUCAGAAAAAUAUAUUUCUGUUCCUUUAAAGACCAUCUUUACUAACACAGAAGAACAGCGAAGACGUCUGAUAGUCAUAUAAAAAAAAGUAACUCUCUCUGUUUUCAUUAAUGUGGAUUCUGAGGACAAUGUUCAGGUUUGAAAACAAAGAAAAAAGCUCAAACAUGUACAUGAUGUAUACGAUUAAUCUCCUGAACACGGGCUGACGGCCAUCUGGUUAGGGGCUGUGCAGUGUCUCCUCCCAGCAGGCAACCAAAGCUGUGAGCCAAGACCCCAGGCUCAACACCCUGCCGGACUUUGAAAUCAGAUCUUUAUUGUCCAUAAAGCCUCGGCCAAGUAUGAAGAAUCAGCCCUCCCUAACAAAACACUCUCGUCCAGCAGAGAGGGGAGAACAGGACUGGAGAGAAACUGGUGUUGAGUCAGACGGACGGACGGACGGACAGAAGGACAGAUGGACAGACGGAUGAGAGGACAGCCAGUGCACGGUCCAGAACAAUGGUCACGUGCACGCUCCCAACUGUGCCACUUUUAUUUAUAGGUCACAGAUAACUCAAUUUCCAUAACUUUCUAAUUCUGUUGUGGCGGCUCUCAGAUCACAUGUCAAUACAACGCUCUCCGAGGACUCCAGCUUCUACAGUCCGCUCUGACUCAGCUGCUGUUCUCCACCUGACUUGAAGACGUCAUACUGAGUCGUCUUUGGACUCACGGAGGAACAGCAGACACUGCAAACAUCACUCCUCUGAACGACAACAAUAGUGCCGAUUCAGGAGGGCUGGAUCUUCGGAUCAACAGAGGCUCAUGUUCCAGCAGGCCCAGGCUGUAAUUAAUGAAUGAAGGAGAAUAAGAAGUUCUUGUGACUGAAGCUGCAUCAACCAAUCACUGAGCUGCUUUUACAAAAUGCAGAAAGUGUCUUUUUUUAGUGUGACUGCAGCCGAAACUGUGGUUCUCUGUGCAAACGUGUAGAAGUGAAUUAUAUUCAACUUGUUAAUGUAAAGAAAAGAAUCCUGAAAAUUCAACCCUGUCACUGAGAGUUCCUCCUGAUCUGCUGCAGAGACCUGAUAUAAGCAGGAAUAAUACAAGGCUGGUUCCCUUGAUAACAGCAGCUGGACCACAUCUGGACUCUAUCCUGAAGAUCUCACCGAGUCCAACAGCUGAUAUCAAACCCUGUUCAGUCCCCAUCAGCUCCUCAGACGUGCUUCUAAAGGAACAAUCACAAACCUCCAUGUUCAGACCUUCAACUGUUGUCCCCGCUCCUCCUCUCUCACAUGGACAUCAGAGAAGAAGACUUUCUAAAAUAGAGUUUUAAGACCUUCUGACAUGAGUGCAGGAUGGAGGGGGACAGUUGAAGAUAUUUGAGCUCUCUGAUAAAAACAGAAGCAGCCCACUCUCAGUCCCACUCUCAGUCCCACUCUCAGUCCCACACUCACAGAAGAUCAGGUGGUUAAAGUGUGAAGCUGUAGGACGGUCCCUGAGUCCGACGGUCCCUGAGUCCGGGGCUCUGUGUGAGGGCCCUGCUGUGGGCUUCACCACACUGAGUUUUCACUGUGACUCUUCAACCCGUCGAUUCUCCAGUGGGAUUUCUCCGAAGGUCACCAUGCAUUUGAAGAUGUCAACAGAUGUUCUGUAAAGAAGAAUUAUCGGAUAAAGUUUCGAUAAAAACAAAAAAAUAAAAACAAGAAACUAAACAUGUCGAUGAAUCAGCCAAAAACUGCCUCCUCUUCAACACGUCGAAGACGAAGGAGAUGGUCAUGGACUUCUGUAGAUCCAAACCUCCUCCUCUUCAGCCAGUGAACACCUGUGGAGUGGACAUCAUAUCAAUAUCCAGGUGAACAUCUGGAUAAUCAGUUGGACUGUCUAAGAAUACAGACCCAGUCACAGCAAGGCAAGGUAGAGAAGGUCCCAGGGGCGAGCCACCACACGCCGGACAGUGAAGCGUGGGCUCAGGACCCUGGCAGCAGUAGAGAUCAACGAAGAGACCAGAGUCCCUGAGCUUCAGCUCUGGAAGAUCUUCCCCAUGUGGAGAGCAUCAAAGUUUGGAGGCUGGCAGAUGAUCAGGUGACAGCAUGACUCAUGAUCGCUUCAGAGAAAUAAAACGAGAGAAACUCAUUUCUAAAUAUAUGGUUGUGGUUUUCUGAUUGUUACAGGUCUGGGUCAGAAGACUGAACCUGGAGGAGCUGAGUCCACCACACAUGGAUGGAGGAUCUGGAACAUCGAGCUACUGCAGACUGGCCUUGGAGAGGGAGCAGGUAGUCCUGGUUUACCACAUGUAGACAGUUUGUGAGCGUGCCUCACAACCAAUCAGCACGAAGGAGCUGGGUCAGCCUCACAGCCAAUCAGGCCGGAGAGGCGGAGAACGACUUUGUCAGAAAGAGCUCCGAAACUUUAAAUGUUGACGACACAGACAUAAGAGAACACAGAGAUAUAUUACCAAAUGUCAUCAAUAACUGAUAACUAUUGACUGAUAUUAACAGAUUUUUGUAUAAACACCAUGAAGUCUCGAGUCUUUGACCAAUAAAGUUCAUCCUUCAGACUUUUGAGAGUCAAAAGUUGAGUUCGUUGUAAACUCAGGCUGUUUCUUCGGCGAACACCGACCCCUCACACCGACCCCUCACUCGGACCCUCACACCGACUUCACUCACCGACUCCUCACACCGACUCCUCACACCGACUCCUCACACCGACUCCUCACACCGACUCCUCACACCGACUCCUCACACCGACCCCUCACACGGACCCUCACACCGACUCCUCACACCGACCCCUCACACCGACCCCUCACACCGACUCCUCACACCGACUCCUCACACCGACUCCUCACACCGACCCCUCACACCGACUCCUCACACCGACUCCUCACACCGACCCCUCACUCGGACCCUCACACCCACCCCUCACACCGACUCCUCACACCGACUCCUCACACCGACUCCUCACUCGGACCCUCACACCGACUCCUCACACCGACUCCUCGCACCGACCCCUCACACCGACUCCUCGCACCGACCCCUCACACCGACUCCUCACACCGACCCCUCACACCGACUCCUCACACCGACCCCUCACACCGACUCCUCACACCGACCCCUCACACCGACUCCUCACACCGACUCCUCACACCGACCCCUCACACCGACCCCUCACACCGACCCUCACACCGACUCCUCACUCCGACCCCUCACACCGACUCCUCACACCGACUCCUCACUCCGACCCUCACACCGACUCCUCACACCGACUCCUCACACCGACCCUCACACCGACUCCUCACUCGGACCCUCACACCGACUCCUCACACCGACCCUCACACCGACUCCUCACACCGACUCCUCACACCGACCCUCACACCGACUCCUCACUCGGACCCUCACACCGACUCCUCACUCCGACCCUCACACCGACUCCUCACACCGACUCCUCACACCGACCCUCACACCGACUCCUCACACCGACCCCUCACUCGGACCCUCACACCGACUCCUCACACCGACCCCUCACACCAACCCUCACUCGGACCCCUCACUCGGACCCUCACACCGACUCCUCACACCGACCCUCACACCGACUCCUCACUCGGACCCUCACACCGACCCUCACACCGACUCCUCACUCGGACCCUCACACCGACCCCUCACACCGACCCUCACACCGACCCUCACACCGACUCCUCACACCGACCCACACACCGACCCUCACACCGACUCCUCACACCGACUCCUCACUCGGACCCUCACACCGACUCCUCACACCGACUCCUCACUCGGACCCUCACACUGACUCCUCACACCGACUCCUCACACCGACCCCUCACUCCGACUCCUCACUCCGACUCCUCACACCGACCCCUCACACCGACCCUCACACCGACCCUCACACCGACCCUCACACCGACCCCUCACUCGGACCCCCACACCGACCCCUCACACCGACCCUCACACCGACCCUCACACCGACUCCUCACACCGACUCCUCACACCGACCCUCACGCCGACUCCUCACUCGGACCCUCACACCGACUCCUCACUCGGACCCUCACACCGACUCCUCACACCGACCCUCACACCGACUCCUCACACCGACCCCUCACUCUGACCCCUCACUCGGACCCUCACACCGACCCCUCACACCGACCCCUCACUCGGACCCUCACACCGACUCCUCACACCGACUCCUCACACCGACCCCUCACUCCGACCCCUCACUCGGACCCUCACACCGACUCCUCACACCGACCCUCACGCCGACUCCUCACUCGGACCCUCACACCGACUCCUCACUCGGACCCUCACACCGACUCCUCACACCGACCCUCACACCGACUCCUCACACCGACCCCUCACUCUGACCCCUCACUCGGACCCUCACACCGACCCCUCACACCGACCCCUCACUCGGACCCUCACACCGACUCCUCACACCGACCCCUCACACCAACCCUCACUCGGACCCCUCACUCGGACCCUCACACCGACUCCUCACACCGACUCCUCACACCGACUCCUCACACCGACCCCUCACACCGACUCCUCACUCGGACCCUCACACCGACUCCUCACACCGACCCCUCACACCAACCCUCACUCGGACCCCUCACUCGGACCCUCACACCGACCCCUCACACCGACUCCUCACUCGGACCCUCACACCGACCCCUCACACCGACCCCUCACUCGGACCCUCACACAGACCCCUCACUCGGACCCUCACACCGACCCCUCACACCGACUCCUCACUCGGACCCUCACACCGACCCCUCACACCGACCCCUCACUCGGACCCUCACACCAGCUUCAGUCUCUCUCUUCUUCACUCUGAUCUCAGAAAUCCUCCAUCUCCUCUCAGACGGUGUUUGCUCUCGGCAUCAGUCUGAAUGUUGUUUUAAUAAACACGUCGUCACAGGAGCUUUAACUUUCAUCAAACUUGUUUUCUUUAAAUUGUUUUUAAAGUUCAGAUUCUCAUUAAAUUUCCUCUCAGGAUAAUAAAGUGAUUCUUAUUCUGCUCUAACGUUAUAGUUGGAGGUUCUGAAGGCCUGAGUUUGCUGAGUUCUGAGUGUGUGUGGGUCUGUCCACAGCAGGCGUGUACACAGACUCUGACUGGGUGGGUUUGCCUUGUGUUACACUUGUGAUUGAUUGCAUCACUGCUGUGGAACGAAGUCGGGUGACCGGGCUUUUAUGGAGACCUCAGGACGCUGGUGUUGAGUUUCAAUGGAUAUGCCCUUGGUCAGAUAGUGACAAUACUUCCCUGAUCACAAACGGACACACACAUCACACACACACUCAGAGCAGAGACAUACACACACACACACACACACACACACACACACACACACACAGAGCAGAGACACACACACACACACACACACACACACAGAUCAAACUUUCACUCCAACAUUCAGACUCUCUCCUUCUUCACCACACUGAGAACAUUUCUGUAAAACACUGAUCCCUCUUCUUCUUCUUCUUCUUCUUCUUCUUCUUCUUCCUCUUCUUCUUCUUCAGGUUUCUCUCACUUUUGUUCCCUGAAGGACACACACACACACAGACACUCAGGAGUCUCGCGGACAUGCCAGGCUGCUGUUGGCACGAGCAUCAGAAAGGUGCCACACCUGUGCUGACAUCAUCUCAUUCCACGGGCUCUGAUUUCGGGUCCACUCAUAACACUAUGUAAGGUUCCCCGUGUGUGUGUGUGUGUGUGUGUGAGUGUGUGUGUGUGUGUGUGUGUGUGUGUGUGUGUGUGUGUGUGUGUGUGUGUACUAACUGCUGCUCUUUCUUUCUUCUUCUCUGUCACUCAGAGAGGAUUUCUCUUUGCCCGGAGGGUCGCCCGCCGCAGUGAGUUAGGAGAGGACGGAGGAGUUAGGAAAGGACGGAGGAGUUAG